AUGCUUCAAAGUUGCAUAUCAACUAUGGAUAUUAGGAGGUCAGGAAACUACAAACCUAGCAUUUGGGAGGAUGGAUAUGUCCAAUCACGACCUAAUUUGUACGCGGAAGAAAAAUAUUGUGAACGAGCUGAAAAACUAAAAGAAGAAGUUAGGAAGAUGUUGCAGAAAAGAAUGACAAACUCAUUGGAACAACUUGAGCUUGUUGAUAUUUUGCAAAGACUUGGCAUAUACUAUCACUUUGAGGAAGAAAUCGAUACAGUAUUGAAGCAAAUAUACGUUAAUUAUAAUAAAAGAGAUCAUCAUAAUGAGGAGUUGUAUGAUACAGCUUUAGAAUUUCGACUGCUUAGACAACAUGGCUAUCAUCUUCCACAAGAGAUAUUUUGCAGUUUCAUGAAUGAGGAAGGGAAGUUCAAAACAGCCCUUGUGGAGGAUACUAAAGGACUGUUGAGUUUGUAUGAAGCUUCCUAUCUUUGUAUGGAAGAUGAAAACAUUAUGGAGAAUGCUCGAGAUUUCGCUACUCAUUAUCUGAUGGAAAACGUUAAGAAGAAGAUGGAUGAGCAAGUAAGCCAUGCUUUAGAAAUGCCUGUGCAUUGGAGGAUGGAGAGAUUAGAAGCAAGAUGGUUUAUAGAAAUUUAUCACAAAAAAGAGAAUAUGAAUCCACUUCUACUUGAACUUGCAAAGUUGGACUAUAACAUGGUGCAAGCUACAUACUUGGAGGAACUAAAACAAAUGUCAAGGUGGGAUAAGAACAUGAAACUUGUUAAAAAGAUGAGCUUUGUGAGGGACAGAUUGGUGGAAGGCUUCUUCUGGGCUGUUGGUUUCACUCCUAAUCCUCAGUUUGGAUACUGCAGAAAGCUUUCAACAAAGCUUUCUGUUCUCCUCACAACAAUUGAUGACAUUUAUGAUGUUUAUGGUACCUUGGAUGAACUUGAGCUCUUUACUGAUAUUGUUGACAGAUGGGACAUCAAUGCAAUAGAGCAGCUACCUGAAUACAUGAAAAUCAGCUUCCUAGCUCUCUUCAACUCAAUGAAUGAGCUGGCUUAUGAUAUUCUCAAAGAACAAGGGUUCAGCAUAAUUUCACAUAUAAGGAAGCAGUGGGCUAACCUGUGUAAAGCUUACUUAUUGGAAGUGAAGUGGUAUCAAAGAGGAUAUACACCAAGCUUGGAUGAGUUCCUGAGAAACGCCUGGAUAACCAACACCGGUCCUGUACUAAUAAUGCAUGCUUAUUUUUGCAUCACAAACCCCAUAAAGGAGGACGAAUUGCAACGCUUAAAUCAUUAUCCUGCCAUCAUUUACUCACCUUCGCUAAUUCUUCGACUUGCAAAUGACUUGGCAACUUCACCAGAUGAAAUCAAGAAAGGAGAUUAUCUUAAAUCGAUCCAAUGUUACAUGCAUGAUUCUAAGAGUUGUGAAGAAAAUGCUCGAAACUACAUAAAGAAAUUAAUUGAUGAGACUUGGAAGAAGAUGAACAGAGACAUUCUAAGGGACGAAUCCUUGUCAAAGGAUUUUAGAAGAACUUCAAUGAAUUUAGCUAGGAUUGCUCAAUGCAUGUACCAGCAUGGAGAUGGAUUUGGUAUUCCAGAUCGUGAGACAAAGGAUCGGAUACUCUCCUUGUUCUUUCAACCCAUUCCUCUUACCUGA